AUGGCAUCUCAAAUCCGCCAUCUCGACUCAGUGGUCCAAAGCGACACUCCUGUUGGCAGCUCCCAAGCCGUAAAUGACAGUUCUCCCACAGCUUCCCCUCAGAGAGACAUGAACAACUCCCCGUCGUCUCUUCCGAUCCCCUCUGGUCAAUCUCCAACCCGCGUCCGUGAGACUCCUGGAGGCUCACCCCAUGGGCAGAAUCUAGGCCAUCGGCGACGAUCUACUACAACCAUCGGAGUUCGUCUCGCCGCUCCCCGGCGGAGAUUUCCUGUCAUCAACUCCCGACGCGACUCACAGCGGUCUGUUGAUAUAACCCCAAACCGAGUAGUUCGUCGACAGCGCCGCAUGCGUACACUUGGAAACUAUCGACGAUCCGGAAGCUUCCUACAAUACAUCUCGUCUGUUGAGGAUCUCAGUCGAUCACUUGCUGGCGUGCAGCAGACUGGCCCGCCGGAGCGUGGGAAUAGGCAGCCCCUUGCGAGCUAUCCUUCGCGAUUGCUUCGCAUCAGAGGAAACCGCCGGGUUCAAGUCUGGAGAAGUUACCUAGACCCAGUCCCAGGCUUUGGUCCCGACGUGAUCGGUCAAUCGAUUCAUACACCCAGGCCUCGUCCAUCUCACCCACCGACCAGCGAGGUAACUCCCUCGCCUCCGGAACCAAUGCUAGAACCUUCUCGUCUGAGCAUGGAUUCUCUGGGCAGUACGGAUAGCCGCGUCACUGAGCAUGACACUCAGCCUGCUGUCCGCCCGAACCGCCCCCGUCGGCCAGGACACGUAUUGUAUUGCGACUGCGUUAUUUGCGAUCAGCUGAAUGAGCCUUUUAGCCCUUAG